AAAUGUUAGAUGCAUUAUAUAUAAGAACAAUUGCCUUUUAAUAAUAAAUCAAUUAAAAUUUGAAUUUGACCGGACUGUUUUGUGUCCCGAACAUCUUAAAGUUAGACAUAAACUUGGCAAAAUACUUUCUACGGCCUUACCGAUGCAUAUCAAAUAUAAAAGAUUCAUAUUUCAGUACUAAUUGGGUAAAGAAAAGAAAUAAAUAAUUGAGAAAUUGAAUACCUUCUUUUUUAUCUGCGGAAAAAAUGACUGACAGAUGAUGCAAAUUUCUUCAAUCACCAAUACUGUCCACAUUCCAAUUGGUGACCAUGAUGAUCAUUUUGCCACAUAGGAAGUCAAUUAUACGACAUAAUAUAAACGCAUAAACUUUGAGCUUGAUGACUUCAGUUGGGCUUGUCAAAAAAUUCGCAUCGUAGCAAAACCAGUUUCUUUUUGCAAAAAUCUGCCCAUAUUUCUCCCCAAGUCCAUAAACCAGGCUGGCACACAACCUUGGACUAGUGCCGAAAGCUAUCGCCUUUUCCCCAAAAUUUUUGCCAUCUAAUUUGCAUCCGGGCGUCGCAGCGGAAAUAAAAUAUUUAUGAUUUUCGGAGUGGGGUUAGUGUCUGGCCGUGAUUUUUCAAAAACACUUUUGCUGGUGGCAGUUUUUGCAAACAUUAGCUACUUGAUUCGAGAUCAGUUUUCGACGAUGGGUCGAAAGGUGCAGACUUUUUUUGAAGUGAUCGAAAUGUCCACUCCUGAGUCAAGUAAAAUUACAAGCGUUUAUCCCAAGUCUCGUCAGGAUGUGAUUCGCUGGGAUGGUUGGGGCUACAAGGAUUCGCGUUUUGUGUUCAAAGAUGGGACGUUUACGUUUGUCGGUGAUCGAUACCCGUUGACUGGGAAUUUGGACAAUUUUCGUGAUUGGGUGUUGGACAUGUUUAAGAUUCACCCAACUCAGGCAAGCAAAUCUGCGGUUUUACCGAAGGAGUUUCCGGAACCGCUGAAGAAUCAGGCAUUUUUAAAUGCACUCGCAGAAGAAAAGAUCGAUUUUUCGGAAGAUGGAAUGGAUCGAAUGAUGAGGUGCCAUGGUCAAACGUUACAGGACAUUCAAAAUUUGCGUCAACAUAACUUCAAGAGGCUUCCGGAUGUGGUAGUUUGGCCCACUAGUCAUGAACAAGUGGUGAAGAUAGUGGACUUUGCUGGGAAGCACGAUGUCGUUCUGCUUCCUGUUGGCGGAAAUACAUCGGUUUCGCUAGCGUCAACUACUCCAGAAAUCUUCGACCGAUCCAUUGCAGUGUUGGAUAUGACUCAGAUGAAUCGGAUGCUGUGGGUUUCAAAGGAAAACAUGACUGCCUGUUUCGAGGUCGGCGUGAUAGGUCAGGACAUUGAGAAAGAACUUCGUAAAUACGGCUUCACUUUGGGACACGAGCCAGAUUCGCACGAGUUUUCUUCGCUUGGAGGAUGGAUCGCGACACGUGCUUCCGGUAUGAAGAAGAAUCGCUACGGAAACAUCGAGGACAUUGUCAAACGGAUCAAAAUGGUCACUGCAAAGGGUGUGCUCGAGAAGCAAUUUACAGCGCCGAGAUGCUCUAUAGGUCCUGACUUCGAUCACGUGAUGUUCGGUUCAGAAGGAACCCUUGGAGUCAUUACGGAAGCAGUGGUCCAGAUUCGUCGCAUUCCGGAUGUUCGCCAUUAUGAAUCACUUGUAUUCUCCGACUUUGAAACUGGAGUUCGAUGCUUACGGGAGGUAGCUGACAAACGGCUUCAACCAGCUAGCAUUCGGCUGAUUGAUAACAUCCAGUUCAGAUGUAGUGUUUUGCUGGAUCCUGCCGGAGUUUGGUUCGCUGGAAUGAAGGAACAGCUGAAAAAGUUUUAUUUGUCCUUCAUGUGUGGCUUCGAUAUGGAUACAAUUGCUGCGGCAACGGUUAUGUUUGAAGGGGAUGCGGACUUUGUCGCUAAUCAUGAGAAGCAGUUUUAUUCAAUUGUAAAAAAAUAUGGGGCCAUUAGAGGUGGAGAGAAAAAUGGCAAGAAAGGAUAUCAGCUGACCUUUGUUGUGGCUUACAUUAGGGACAUUGCUUGGGACAUGAACAUUGUUGGAGAAUCGUUCGAAACGGCCGUUGCUUGGGAUAAAUGUCUUACUUUGUACACCAACGUUAAAGCCUGCAUGGAGAGGGAACUCGCAAAACGUGGAAUUCAAUAUUAUGCCAUUUCCGGUAGGGUAACUCAAAGCUAUGAUACGGGAUGUAGUGUGUACUUCUACCUUCUGUUCAAGCACAUGGAUAAUCCAGAGCUUUCUCUGAAGAUGUUUAUGGAGAUCGAGGAGGCAGCGAGGGAUGAAAUUUUGGCUUGCGGAGGAACUCUGAGUCAUCAUCAUGGUGUGGGGAAGCUGAGAAGCAAGUGGUACCCUGCUGUAGUUUCCCAAGUGGGGGCUGGUCUUUACAGAGCCUUGAAGAAAGAACUUGAUCCUAACAACAUAUUUGCAGCUGGUAACAUACUUGGAGAAAAUAAUCAGGUGUCUAAAUUGUGAACAUUGAUGAUUUUCGCAUAGAGACAUAUUUGGGACAAUGCUCUCCAGCAUCACUUUUUUGCUUAGUAGAUUACCCAACUUUGUUUAAAUAAUUGAUUCUUAUCGAGUGAUACUAAUGCUUCAAUUGCAUUUAUAUCAAGAUACUUUAUGAGGCAUACAUUCAACUGAUGAGAAUUGAACUACGGUCUGAAUACUGAAAUAAUUUUACGGGCACUGAAUGGCUCCAUAUUUAGAAAUGAAAGAACACAUUUAUUUUACAACAAAAUCCAUUAAUACCGGAACAACUCAAAAAAUCUGAUAAUAUAGAUGUCCUAAAUCGCCAAAUAUUGAUUUCGGGGAUUCGGUGUUGAUAAUAACAUCAGAAAAUAAAUGGUAUAUGUAUUAAUAGUAC